AUGGCACAUUCAACUGCCAACGGCAAAGACGGUAUUGAUGUGGCAGCGCGGAUCGCCGACGCCACCACCUACGUGCAUGAUCCUCCACUGCCGCAACACCUCAAGAUCGUGGCCCUCGAGACGUUCUUCACGCCUCUGCCGCCACUCAUCAUCCCCAAGCCGUACACCUACACCCUCACCGAGUACGAGCGCACCACGGCUGACCAGGUGGCAGAACGCAUCCAGGAUGCCGACAUCGUCAUCACGACCGUCGUGCCCAUCCGUGCGGCGGCACUCUCCGCGGCCAAUGCGCCCCGUUUGCGCCUGGUUGCCGUCAUGGCCUCGGGCGUCGACGCCGUCGACCUGGCGGCGUGCGCCGCCCGCGGCAUCCGCGUCCUGAACAGCCCCAACUGCAACUCCAUCUCCGUCGCCGAGCACGUGGUGUCCCUGUACCUCGCCGCACGCCGGUCGCUCUUCCCCGUGCAGCGCGCCCUCGGCCGCGGCGAUUGGUCCCACAUGGGCGGCAUCAUGAUGCGCGCCUACACGGCGGGCGCGCCGCCACGCAGCUGCUACGACGAGACGGUCGGCAUUAUCGGGUACGGCGGCGUCGGCCAGGCGGCGGCACAGCUGUUUGGCGCACUGGGCAUGAAGGUCAUCGUGUCUGGGCGGCGGGGCGAGACGGCGGCCCCCACCACCACCACGACAACCACAGCGACGCAGCAGCGCAGCAGCGAUCGCGUGCCAUUCGACGAGGUCAUCCAGCGCGCCAGCGUCCUGGUCGUGUGCUGUCCGCUGGUGCCGGACACGAAGAACCUGAUUGGCGCCGCCGAAUUUGCAAAAAUGCAGCCGGAUACGAUUCUCAUCAAUGUGGCGCGCGGCGGCAUUGUCGGCGAACAGGCUCUGGUGGAUGCGCUGCGGGCACGCCGUAUCGGCGGUGCGGGCGUGGACGUGUUCGACCAUGAGCCGGCCACGCCCGAGUCCAGUCCUCUCGUCGCCGCCGCCGCGACCGAGGACCUGAACUUGAUUAUCACGGGCCACACGGCGUGGGUCUCGGCGAGCACGCGGGCCAACUACCAGCGGGUGGUGCAAGAGAACGUCGAGCGAUUCCUCCGAGGAACAGCUGACGCGGACCGGACAAAGGCGUGA